CAAACGUCGUCUCUCUCUCUCUCUCUCUCUCUCUGCAAAUUCUACUGAGAAGGUGUUAGGGCUUCGAAACGCCUCCAUCAACGAAGAAAGCGACGACGCCGAUACGACACCGUAUCGAUCUGACGAAAGCAAAAUCAGCAGAUUUCUAUUCAUAUGUUCUGUGAAGCUUUCAUGUCUUAUCAAUGGAGAUUUUUCCCAGUCUCUCCACCGCUCUCUCGUCUCAAUCUCUCUUUGUAGCCAUUGUUUUCACCGCGCUCUGCUUCUUCCUUGUCCUCUUCUCCGCCCGAUCGCUACCGCUCUGGCCGAGACUGCUCCAAUCGGACGGCGGUGAGAAGAGGAGCGAGAAGCUCUGCGAUUGUCGCUGUUGCUGUAACGGGAGUGUCGGCGGCUGUUCGGAGGGCGAAACGGCGCCGUAUUUGAAUGGUACGGAAAUGGCGGAGAACUGGCCGGUUUUGAGAGAGAGACAGACGGGCGCGUCGAUGAUGGAGCAGUUGGUUCCGGAGAUUACGACGCACGCCCUCAGCUACUUGGAUUAUCCCAGCCUCUGUCGUCUCUCGAUGACCAAUUCUCUGAUGCGAAAGGCUGCGAACGAUGAUAAUGCCUGGAAAGCUCUUUAUCACAAGGACUUCACGUUGGAACAGGAUAAUGUAACACCAGUAAACGGGUGGAAAGCUUACUAUGCUGCUACAAGAGCAAUUGUGAAUGUAAAUAAUGAAUUCUUUAACAUCAUUAGAGAUAGAUCACUUCAAGCAAUGAGUCGGUUUUGGCUAAAUGCAGACUACGUGAAGUGUGUUCAUGCCUCGGGAAACCUUUUCUCAGGUUAUAAUGCUGUAAUUCAUAGUUGGCAAUUUGCCUUCAAUUGGGAGCAAGGAAUCAACUUUCAGGUACGGGAUGUUCGGGCUCGGGUACUUACAGACAUGGCUUGGGUUUCCAUGAAAACGUACGUCGACGAUGUGGAUAUUGGGCCUUUCAAUGUGACUAAUGUCUUCGAGUUCCACAAUGGAAGGUGGUAUAUGGUGCAUCAUCACAGCUCCGUCAUGGACGGAGAAGUGGAGCAACAGAUUGUGCAUGGGUAACCAAGAAAAAAGAAUACUUGGUAGCAGUGAUACUAUAAAUACUAGUUAUCAAAAUAGUUGGUAUUUGUUAGCAGGGUCAGUUUCUUAAACUGAUUUCUCAUGAAGAUCCUUUUAAUUUUUCCAACCUCAGUUUUGUUUGGUCUAUGGUAAAGAGGUCAUCUUUUUUCAUUUUUCUAUUUCUUCUUAUUUUCCUUUUGUUUUAUUGUUAACUCUUAUCAUCAUUUUUUUUCCUGGAAUUAUUGCUUCGAUUUGUGCCUUGGUUUUGAUUGAGAUUUAGAAUUUCAAGGAAUAUGGGACUGAGUUCGGGAAAAUGGGGUGUGAAGCAUGAUUUCUGGAAAAGAGUGGAUUCAAGUAGAAGUUUCAGAAAUGAGGGUAAAUGAAUUGUAAAGGAAACAGCAAUAAAGUUAAGUGGAUGUGAUCUCUACUAUUUGCAUGAGCAUUAUGUCUCAUGCAUUUUUUAUUUUUUUCCAAAU